AUGGAUACCGACAAAAAACUAGUCUCGGAACAAACGCCAAAAGGUCUCCCUGAUCAAUGGCGGUUUACUCCUUCCAUCAUGGAUCCCAAUUCAUACGCCUUUACGUCGCUUGCAAAUCAACCCUCCACCUAUUAUGCCGCGACGCCGAACGGCAUGGGCAUGCCCUCCCAUACCCAAGUUGCCGACCUAUCUACUCCCGGCAUGGCUCUCAAUUUACUCUCACCACUCGCGAUCCCCCCGGGUACAUCCGCCGGCGAUGCUGCUGCAAUACAGUCUACAAUUGACAUGAACUCAUUUACCCAUCCGUUUGCUCACCAUGCGGGGAACGGCGUUGAUAAUUUCCAUCAACAACAUGCAUACGCCCCAAGUACUUUCGUCAAUCGAGAUCCCAGAUAUGGUCCCGUAAAUGUUGAAAAUUCACCUAUCAAUGGAAUGAAUGGGAACAAUCAUAUGGUUUUGCUCAGUCACGGAGUUGACUUGAUGGACAAUCGCCCAGGCCCAAGGGGAGAGAACUUUCGGUUCAACGUUACUCUAAGGGCGGCAACGGCGAUGGUUAAAGACCCCGAUGAGGUCCCCACUACAUAUCUUAACAAGGGGCAAGCUUACACAAUGACAAUUUUGGAUACCGCACCGUUGACGUCAGGCACACAACCGUUGAAAUACCGCACCUUUAUUCGAGUUUCGUUUGAGGACGAUGAGCAGCGUUCAAGGCCGGCCGGUUGCUGGCAACUUUGGAAGGAAGGCCGCGGAUCUAACGAAGCCCAUCAUCGUGAUGGGAAACUUUUGGCUGUUGAACAUGUAGAUCCAAAUCAAGGCGGAGACGGAGAUAUCAGACAAUCUCAGGUUCAUCUGGAAACCGCCAAUUUUGACGGCUUCUCUGUUAUUUGGUCACCUAGCCCAGCCACAGGGAAUCCCAGUUGUUCGAUAUCGGUCCGCUUCAACUUCUUAUCGACUGAUUUCAGCCACUCCAAAGGCGUCAAAGGAAUUCCUGUUCGUUUAUGUGCGAAAACAGAAGUUGUUCCUACAAGUCAUGUAGACGCUCCCCUUGACCGCCCGGAGGUAUGCUAUUGCAAAGUGAAGCUGUUUCGAGACCACGGGGCCGAGCGAAAGCUCUCAAACGAUAUUGCACAUGUCAAAAAAGGUAUCGAUAGGGUGAAACAACAAAUCAGCCAGGCUGAACUUGGAGCCGGCGCUGAUAAGAAAAAACGCAGUGGCUCCUUCGCCAAGGGAAAAAUUAACAAGCAUAAGAGAACAUGGUCGGGUGACUCGCACAAUGAGUCGGGGAGAUCUUCUCUGGAAGAAGAUCUCCAGAUGAAGCUGCGCAGCCUGAAAGAUAUGUUUUCGUCCACGCGACCUCUUAGCGUUCUCAAUUUGAAAGGAGAUCCGCAGGACGACCCCGAUCUUUUCCCGGUGCAGCUUGGAAUUAAUGACGAUAGUUACUCUCACACAAUAGGCUGGGAGUCCCGAAAUAAUACAGAUGGAUCUCCGAUUGCAUCCCAGAACAUGUUAUCACCCACAGCAAGCAGCCAUUCGCUUUGCUCGUCUCACAACUCUUUUGAUCUCAAAUCAAGCUACCCCCAUCCAUCAUCGAUCUGCGAAAAUGGGCGCCACGACUCAAUGGAUUGGUCUAGUGUUUCCCAGCAUGACUCCGAUAGCCAGCAUCAAGGGAGGCAUAGCCGGAUCUUAAACAACCCUGUGAAGGUCGCAAAGGUUUCUUCCGGCAACCGUUCCGGCCUUGAUAGCUGGAUUGAAGCAAUGGACGUCGACACCAGUUACCAGCCACCAUUGGCCGCCCCAAAAAAACCCACAUCAUGUUUUUACGUUCAAGUGCGACAAUCCAGUGGCGGACCCAUUUUGGAUGGCUAUUACCAUGCUAUCUACCUAACACAACGCACAGCCAAGGACCUUAUACAUGCCGUCUCGAAAAAAUGCAAAAUAGAUGUGUCACGCGUUGUUCGAGCUCUUUGUGUCCGCGGAAAUGGACUCCAUAUUGUUUUGGAUGACGAUGUUGUUAGUGAGUUGCCCGAAGGGCAGGAUAUGGUUGCUGAGGUUUUGGAAGUACGCGAUUGCUCUCUUGACGCAAGCACGGAUGGAGACUCAUCGACAUCAUCGACAACUUCUGGAAUUGAGUUGAAAUUGAUCUUUUGA